AGAGCAUUUGGUCGCUGCCUACUCUCUUCUUCCGCUUGCCCUUCACCCGUUCGCCGUGCGGCCGUGCCCGCUAGUUCCGCCGCUCGCCUCCCUCCACACGCUAGCCAAUGGCGGCCGCCAUGCGGAGUGGCAGCCUCCUACGUGUUGGCUUCCGCCAGGUCUCCUCCCUUCUGUUCCAGGUCCCCCCGUGCCCAGCCCCGAGCCUGGCCGUUGGCCGUGCCGGGCUGGUACGCAUCCGCUGCUCGGCGGCCGCAGCCGGCGACGACGGGGGCAAGAAGGUAUCGGCGCGGCUGGCGCUAACGCAGCAGGUGCUGCGCGACGCCGAGGAGCGUGCCGCGUCGGCAGGCUCCGACCCCGCCCCCAAGAUCACCCUGGAACAUGUUACUGUUAAUUUUGCAAGAAGUGGUGGCCCUGGUGGUCAGAAUGUUAAUAAAGUCAAUACAAAGGUUGACAUGCGAUUCAAUGUUAAGGAAGCUCACUGGCUUGGAGAGAGAAUAAAGGAAAGGAUAUUACAAGCGGAAAAGAACAGGAUUAAUAAAGAUGGAGAGCUUGUGAUAUCUUCUACAAAAACUAGAACACAGAAGGGCAACAUUGAAGAUGCUCUGCAGAAGAUACAGGCAAUCAUUGAUGCUGCAUCAUAUGUUCCUCCGCCCCCCACAGAAGAGCAGAAGAAAAAGAUUGAAAAAAUUGCUGCAGUUGCUGAAAGGAAGAGACUUCAGAAUAAGAAAGUGCUUUCACAGAAGAAGGAAUUUAGGCGGAACAGAACUAGCUGGGAUUGAUGCAACCUAUCUUGUACAAAACGUCUCCGUUUCCUGCCAUUCCCCAGCGGACGUUAACAACAUUUCAGCGUGGUAACUACCGGAGUUUUCUUCCCAGUCUCUCUUUCUUGCUGGUUUUAAAAAGUUACUCUACUAUGAUACCUUAUGGAUUCAGAUGCUGCAAGUGUAUGACAAAUGUCAUUUGCUCAGCUUGUUCAUUCAGCGGUGUACAUAAACCGACAAAAAAAAAAACAAGGGUCAGACUUGCUGAAGGCAUCUUGGUGAAGAAGAAAGCUAUGUUUCAUAGGCGUUGCCAGUUUUUGUUUCGUCCAUUGGGGACCGGCUCUCUGAGGGGCUGUUUUUUUGUCCUAAAACGCACUGUAUACACCAGUAGUCGCUGCUCCCUGAACUCAUCAGAUAGGUAGUACUCACGUGUAACUGAGAACUCGUCUGUAAAACUGUAACGAUUUCUUUCUUUGAGGACUUGAAUUUGGCGAAUUUAAAGGUUAGUGAUGACUUUCUCAAAGCAUCUCAAGUUUGAUCAAA